UUCGCCUUGCUCUCCGUCGAGGUGCGGGUUAGACCGGGAGGCUUUAUAUUCAUUGGUAGUUUUCUCUCCCCCACCCUCCGUUCUGGUCGUGCCCUUUUUUCUGGCUCACCUCACCUCCCCCCCACAGAGCUGCUGGUUAUCACUAUUGUCUGAAUUAUUUUUUUAUUUUUUAAUCCAGCAUCAUUUGUGGAGCAUGUCUUGGCAGAGCUACGUGGACAACCUGAUGGCGGACGGCAGCUGUCAGGACAGCGCCAUUGUUGGCUACACGGACGCCAAGUACGUGUGGGCGGCGCACGCCGGCGGGCUGUUCACAAACAUCACGUCUCAAGAAAUAGAUGUCCUCAUUGGCAAGGACAGAGAGACCUUUUACACCAGCGGUCUCACUCUUGGCUCAAAGAAGUGUUCGGUCCUUAGAGACAGUCUCCAGGAUGAAGGGGACUGGACAAUGGACAUCAGGACAAAGAGCCAAGGAGGGGAACCCACAUACAAUAUUUCCGUGGGAAAAGCUGGAAAAGUUUUGGUUCUUGUAAUGGGCAAAGAAGGGGUCCAUGGAGGCGGAUUGAAUAAGAAGGCUUACUCUAUGGCAAAAUACUUGAGGGAUUCCGGGUUUUAAUGUUCUCCAGCUCAUUUAGAUCACAUUGAGGGACAAAAAUAAGAGAAAUGUAUUGCUGUUAAGAUUUCUCCUGCAAGCAGUCAAUUGUCUUGGAAACUUUUAAUAGCGAUGAAGAGUGAUGAUGCUGUGUUACCCCCUUCAUCCUGUAGGGGGCGUGGCUCUUCAAUUAUUUUCAUUUCUCCCUCUUUUUUUUUUUUCUUUUUUUUUUUUUCUCCUCCUUCUCCCCCUUGUGUGCUCCAGUAUUGGUUAUAGUCAUGGGACGGGAGGCGGUCCACGGUGGAAAUCUUAACAAGAAAGCACAUUCAAUGGCUGAUUACCUGAGGAAGACUGGAUAUUAAACCACCCAUUCGUCAACUUAGCACCUCACUCCCGGUCACUUUAUUUUGAGACAACUAGGCUUCGGUGGGAUACAAUGUCUGCUUUGUACACACAGCUUUUUGUCCGCCCUGCCUUCUCCCUUGUAAUAGGCGUUUCCCACUGUAACAUUGUUCAUCUGAUGCUUUUUGGCACUGCAGUUGUGGCAUGUUCAUUGAGAUGUUUAUUGAUCAAAAUAAAAUGUGGAGGGAAAAAAAGGUCAAAUAAAACAGGUAAAACACAUUUGGGCUCGCUUUACAUAACAUGAACUCAUUUGUAAGAGGAAGUGCACAUGUAUCGGUGGUAGCAGUUUGCCUCGUUGCGUCUUACUGAACAGAUGGCAGUUUUUUGUUUAAGUCAGCAUGUGGGGGUUCAGAGCCGCAUGCAUGUUCUCACCCACCGUUCUUAUUUGUCUCGGUCUUCAAACCUCCGUUAAGGAAACGACAAACUUCCUCUGGAAAAGCUGUACGCACUGAUUGGCUGUACAGUUUUCUUCUUUUUUUUUUUUUUUCUUCCCCCCCCUCCUCUACCACCUGAUUUUUGCAGUUGUACCUGAAUGUGGUUGUGAAAGUCAGUACGGUGUUAGGCUGUUCCGGGACUGUAAUACUUCAUCACAUUUUUGCGUCUCAGUGGACAUUCCACCUUUUUGACCGCAGACGUGCUCGUUUCUCUUAGCUGUAAAUCACUACACACUUUGGACCAGUUUUCUGUACUAGAGGGUCAUCACUACAGCUUACUCUGAUGGAUGAUUGUUGACCGUUAAUUAGAAACGACUUCAAAUGACUGUAAACCAUCUAACUGCUUCUUUAGACUAAAACACUAAAUCUGCAUCACUAAUUGAUUUGUCGUUAACUUCAUGUUCAUUUAAUGAGUCGUUUAACUACAGUGACUGCAUUUUGCAUUUUGACUUAACCAAGGCUGCUCGGUUAAGUCCUUGGACAUUUUUUUGCCUUGUGCUUUAGUCAUCAAAGAUGUAUUCACAAAUUGUCAUAGUAUGCUACUUAAAAUUCUAUUUAAAAAGAGAAAAUGCUGUGUUCACUAAACAUUGAAAAUGGUGUUGGUUGGAAAUAAGAACAUUUGUAAGUUGUCUUGUGAAAUCUUUUGAAUAAUUGUAUUCUGUGCCAUAAAAAAUCAAUAUCUGAUGUGUUGCUACGAGUUGCAUUUUUGUCUGCUGCCCUGGCAAGAAACAACUUUCAAUGGCACUCCUAAGGGAUAUUUUGGCAUCUCUAAUCUCCAGAUUUGUGGAAUAUGUAAAUAAACAGAAAGUUUGUAGUAUUUUGAGUUGGAAACUUCUGCCACAAAAUCUAUUUCAAAUGCCAUGAAUUGAAGAUGUCUUGUUUACAGACGAAUGAAAUAAAAGUUAUUCCAACCCGAG